AUGUCUGCAGAGCAUUGGUCCGCAGCGUUGUAUGAGCAGGAAUUAAGGACAUUUCUUAAUUUUUUUCCCCCCACAUUUUCCCACGUUAACCCUCUUCACAAACCCGAUUCGACAUUCAAGUUUGCUUGUUUAUUGCACGAAAGAUGCUGGGAGUGGUUCGACGAGACGUGCCCUUCUCUGAGCGGCUGGGAGAGGACGUCCCGCUGGAGAUGGCCCCCGGACCCCCUCCCACAGCCUCUCCUACUGGACCCUCCCAUCUUCCUCAUGACGCCCGCUGCACAAGCUGUGUCCGGGUUCUUUGUGUGGACGGCGCUCAUCCUGACGUGCCAUCAGAUCUACAUGCACCUGCGUUUCUACAGCUCCCCUCGAGAGCAGCGGCACAUCGUCCGCAUCCUCUUCAUCGUUCCCAUCUACGCCUUCGACUCGUGGCUCAGUCUGCUCUUCUUCACCAACGACCAGUACUACGUCUACUUCGACACGGUCCGCGACUGCUACGAGGCCUUUGUGAUCUACAACUUCCUGAGCCUGUGCUACGAGUACCUGGGCGGAGAGAGCACCAUUAUGUCGGAGAUCCGGGGCAAGUCCAUCGAGUCCAGCUGUUUGUACGGCACCUGCUGUCUCAGAGGAAAGGCCUACUCCAUCGGCUUCCUGCGCUUCUGCAAACAGGCCACGCUGCAGUUCUGCGUGGUCAAACCGCUCAUGGCCAUCAUCACCGUGGUCCUGCAGGCCUACGGCAAAUACAAGGACGGGGAUUUCAACAUUGCCGGGGGCUACCUGUACGUGAGCAUCAUCUACAACAUCUCCGUCAGCCUGUCCCUCUACGCUCUCUUCCUGUUUUACUUUGCCACGAGAGAUCUGCUGAGUCCCUACAGCCCCAUGCUCAAGUUCGUCAUGGUCAAGUCGGUCAUUUUCCUGUCUUUCUGGCAAGGCAUGCUGCUGGCCAUCCUGGAAAAGUGCGGAGCCAUUCCUAAGAUAAACUCAGUGGGCGUGUCCGUGGGGGAAGGCACCGUCGCCGCCGGUUACCAGAACUUUAUCAUCUGCAUAGAGAUGUUUUUUGCAGCACUGGCCCUAAGACACGCCUUCACCUACAGAGUUUACAUGGACAAAAGUUUAGAUUCACAAGGGACUGCCCCUACGUACGAAGAGUUUGGCCGCUGCGCCCCCAUGAAGAGCAUCUCCAGCAGCCUGAAGGAGACCAUGAGUCCCGGAGACAUGGUCCAGGACGCCAUCCACAACUUCUCCCCGGCCUACCAGCAGUACACCCAGCAGUCCACUCUGGAGCAGGGCGUGCCGCAACCUCCGAUCCGGACCCUCAGCGCCACCGGCACCCGCGGCGACACCGAGAAGACGCUGCUCCUCAGCUCCGACGAUGAGUUUUAA